AUGGCAGGAUUCUUUGAUCUGAAGGCUCGCAAAGAUGCCGCAGCUACGAAUGGCUCAAGCUCGAAGGCUGCACCUGUCAAGGAAACAAAUCGACUUCAGCCAUGGGUUGAGAAAUACCGUCCAAAGAACCUCAGCGAUGUUACAGCUCAAGAUCACACCAUCACAGUGCUUCAGAGAACCCUCCAAUCUUCCAAUCUUCCGCAUAUGCUCUUCUAUGGUCCGCCGGGCACGGGAAAGACUUCUACGAUUCUGGCUUUAGCCAAAGAACUCUACGGCCCCGAAUUAAUAAAAACCCGUGUCCUUGAACUCAAUGCCUCCGACGAACGCGGUAUCUCCAUCGUGCGCGAGAAAGUGAAAGACUUUGCACGAAUGCAGCUAUCCCAGCCUACCGCUGCCUAUCGAAAGCUUUACCCGUGUCCACCAUACAAGAUUAUCAUCCUCGAUGAGGCAGACAGUAUGACGCAAGACGCGCAGAGUGCCCUCAGGCGAACGAUGGAGACAUACAGUAAAAUUACACGAUUCUGCUUGAUUUGCAAUUACGUGACAAGAAUUAUCGAUCCUCUGGCCAGUAGAUGUUCGAAAUUUAGAUUUAAGAGUCUGGACCAGGGAAAUGCCGUCAAGCGAGUUGAGGAGAUUGCACAGAAGGAAGGGGUGAAGAUGGAGGAUGGAGCUGUGGAUACUUUGAUUAGGUGUAGUGAAGGAGACUUGCGGAAAGCCAUUACAUUUUUGCAGAGUGCCGCGAGACUGGUGGGUGCCGUUGGCAUCCAGGAUAAAGACGAGGAUAGCAUGGAUAUCGACGACGACAGCAAUGGGAAAAUUGUCACAGUGAAGAGCAUUGAAGACAUAGCUGGUGUUAUUCCAGAAGAGACGAUUGAAAAACUCUUUAAAGCUAUGCAGCCGAAGUCCAAGGGCCUAGUAUAUGAAGCUGUCUCAAACACAGUCACGGACAUGGUAGCAGAUGGUUGGAGUGCGACGCAAGUUGUUACUCAGUUGUACCAAUCUGUACUUUACAAUGACUUGAUUCCUGACGUUCAGAAGAACAAAAUCACACUCGUCUUUUCGGAGGUUGACAAGCGCCUGGUAGAUGGCUCGGAUGAGCACCUCACAAUCCUGGAUCUUUCACUACGGAUCUCAAAUAUCUUAGCCGGAGCUUGA